AUGACGCAAGAUACUACAAAAUCGGUCGCUAUCGGUGACGAAGUGACCAAAACAUUUCAUACCAUUUUGGUCUUGGAUUUCGGCUCUCAGUAUUCUCACCUUAUCGUGAGAAGAUUGAGAGAGAUUAAUAUCUAUGCUGAGAUGCUUCCUUGUACUCAAAAAAUCAGCGAGUUGAAGUUCAAGCCUGCUGGAGUUAUCUUGUCGGGUGGACCUUACUCUGUUUAUGAUGAUGGUGCUCCUCAUGCAGACCUUGCUAUCUUUGAUCUUAACGUUCCUAUCUUGGGUAUUUGUUACGGUAUGCAAGAGAUCGCUUGGAUCAACGGUAAGGGUGUCAGUAGAGGCGAGAAACGUGAAUAUGGACCUGCUAACAUUAAUGUCAAGAGUAAUUCCUGCCCAUUGUUUGAAGGCAUGGACAAUUCUCGUGUUUGGAUGUCUCAUCAUGACAAGCUAACGGAGCUUCCAGAGGGAUUCGAAGCCGUUGCUACUACUGGUAACACACCAUUUGCAGGUAUCGCCCACAAGUCUAAGCCUAUCUAUGGUAUUCAAUUCCACCCAGAAGUGACUCAUACUGUUCAGGGUAAACGUUUACUCUCGAAUUUUGCUGUUAAUAUUUGCCAUGCUCCUCAGAACUGGACCAUGGAGAACUUCAUCGAGAAUGCUAUCAAACGUAUCAGAGCCACCGUUGGACCUACUGCUGAGGCAAUUGGUGCUGUUUCAGGUGGUGUUGAUUCCUCUGUGGCUGCUAAGCUUAUGAAGGAGGCAAUUGGAGACAGAUUCCAUGCCAUUUUCGUUGAUAACGGGUUGAUGCGUAAAAAUGAGGCCGUUCAGGUGAAGAAGGCCCUAGAUGAUGGAUUGGGAAUCAACUUGGUUGUUGUUAAUGCUGAAGAUGAAUUCUUAGAUAAUUUGAAAGGUAUCACAGACCCAGAAAAGAAGCGUAAGGCCAUAGGAUACACUUUCAUUCACGUUUUUGAGCGUGUUGCUAAGAGUAUUAAACCAAAGGAUGGUUCUAACAUCGAAUAUCUUCUUCAGGGUACCUUGUAUCCUGAUGUAAUUGAAUCAGUUUCUUUCAAAGGACCUUCUCAGACUAUUAAGAGUCACCAUAACGUGGGAGGAUUGAUUGAUAACAUGCAAUUGAAGUUGAUUGAACCUUUAAGAGAGUUGUUUAAAGAUGAGGUUCGCCACUUGGGAGAAUUACUUGGUCUUCCAGAAGAUUUGGUCUGGAGACACCCAUUCCCUGGCCCAGGUAUAGGUAUCCGUGUCUUGGGAGAGGUUACCAAGAAGCAAGUGGAAAUAGCCAGAGAAGCCGACUAUGUUUUCAUUGAUGAGAUCAGGAAGGCUGGACUUUACAGACAGAUUUCGCAGGCGUUUGCAUGUUUGCUUCCGGUGAGAUCGGUUGGCGUUAUGGGAGAUCAGAGAAUGUACGAACAAGUCAUUGCAUUAAGAGCCAUCGAAACUGUUGAUUUCAUGACUGCUGACUGGUUUGUAUUCGAUGCUUCUUUCCUUAAGAGAGUGGCCUCAAGAAUCGUCAAUGAGGUGAUCGGCGUUUCUAGAGUUACAUACGAUAUCACAUCGAAGCCACCGGCAACAGUGGAGUGGGAGUGA